AUGGAUCCCUUCUCAACAUUCCCACCAGAGGUAAUAGUGUCCGUCCUUGAAUUUUGUACCGACUUUGCUAGCUUAGAUGGCUUGCUCAGAGCGUCCACCCGAGCGAAUGAAGUGUUUGGCGAAUAUUACAAGACUAUCACUGAGCGGGUCAUGAAGAAUUGUCCAAUUCUCUCCCAUGCACUACAGUACGAAUUUCGCAAUAUCAUACUCUUCGAAUCAGAUGGAACAUUUACUCCCUCGAGCCUGCCAGAGCUACUAGAUGGCGCUUACAUAACAUCUAGUGUGCCGCCUUCUCUCCCCCAUGACCAUUCUUUUGGAGCCGUGCGAAAAGCCGUCAGUGUAGCGGCGAGUAUCUGUCACGCUGCUUCUGCUUGCAUUCAUAUUCUUUUGGAUCGUCUUAUGGUCGCAGAGCCUCACCUUGUGGUUGGCUCUCCCAGCAAAGCCUUUGAAUGGAUAGAGGGAAGAUUAUCCGAGCCCCAAAGCGAGCCCAUCCGGAUCACAUAUCAUCCUCCUUCCUGGGCUGAAACAUAUCGAACACAUCGCAUUCUAUGGACGCUUGCGACAUUCAGUUGCGUUUUGCACGCGGCCGGCACACGAUGGGACUGGUCUCUAGAGGACAAAAACUCUCUCACUGAGCGAUAUGUCAAAGAACGCUGGCUGAACUGGCAUCUCGAAGAACUCAAAACGAUCGCGGAGUGCUUGAGUGUCAUUUAUUCUAGUGAGACAACAACCCUCGACCACCGUUUCCCUUUUCUGGUGACCAUUCCUUCGUUAGAAAAGUCGCUCUCGACUGCUCCGGCACGUUUAAUCAUACCCAACCCUCCAAUCGCGGAUAAAGACUGGGAAAUAAUUUAUCGCCGCGCCGGACAACAAAAUGGCGCUAUAGGCACGUAUCGAUUCAUUUCCGGUUGUCAUCGGUCUGUCAAUCAUCCUCUGAAAUAUGUGGAUUUCCGAGCCUUUCGACGCCUUGGAAUCCCGAUAUGGGAUGACUGGCGACUGCAUUUAAUUGGGUUGAUCAACCGGCCAAAACAUAGAUUUUGUGCAGACAGUUCUGUUUUUGAUGAUCUGCCGAAGGCACUCGAAAACUGGAAUCCGUCUUGCGCACUUUUCACAUGGUGGAGCUUAGGUAAAAAAGGGGACAAUGAUGAGAAGAUCGUCCCUGCGCAUUCACCAGAUUGA